AUGGAUGCUUUCCCCAACAUCUCGACUUUUUGCCAAGAACUCAAGAUGUGUGCUGACCAGCUCGCUAACGUUGAUGCACUGAUUUCCAAUCAAAGGUUAGUGUUACAAUUAAUUGUGGGUUUUAAUGAAAAUUAUGAUGGUGUUGCUACGAUCCUUCAACAAACUUCCCCUUUACCACCAUUUUAUGAGGCACGUUCGAGGCUAAUUCUCGAAGAAACCUGCAAGGCUAAGCAAGUCGCAACUGCCGCUAAAGCUGCCGAUAUUGCCCUCCUCACCAACAAUGAUCCAAAGAGCUCCAAUUGUGAUUCGGGUAAUGUAGAAAACUGCCACAACAAUGGUCCGAAAUGCGUUCCAAAUCGCAAUAAUAAUCACGGAAAAAAUAAUGGCGAUAGGGGUCGUGGCCGUGGUGGCAGUAACUAUGAAGGAGGCGGCAACAACCCCCAGCAACGUCGCAGGCACCAGUAG